UUGCCCCUGGGGGAGAGACGGGGGCCAGGAGGAAGCAGCCUGUUGGCAGCUGGGAGUGCAGUGGCUCUGACUCGCAGUGCAGAGAAGUCAGAGCUUUUCCUUUCGCUUCCCUGUGCUUAGUGUGAACAGUUUCUCUGGGAGUUUAAGGAUGGGAAUUCCACUUUGACAGUCCUCAUGAUCUGGAAGUUGUUGCUCCCCGUUGUCCCAAGCCAAACUUGAGAAAAUGGUGAAAAUGAAGAGGAAGAAAGCCAUCCCAUCCGCCCACUGUGCUGAAUGCCAUGAAGUGCCAAAUGUGGGUACCAGAAAGGCACAGAGAGAGCUUUCUUUUCAGCCACUGAAUAUUUAAUGACUCAACAAAGAGGGACCAAAGUCUUUACUGCAGCAUGUUACUGGCUUUUGUGCAUUGAGACUCCAGCAGAAACAUGGGACAAGCCUUUCUGCUGCGUUGCUUUCGUAACUGGUGAAAGCCCCAGCUUUCUUGCCUCACCUUGCCAGCUUCCAGAGCUAGUCAUGCGAUCCAUAGCGCCCUGGUCUUGGAGGAACUGUUCAGCGUCAUGAAGAACAACACAGAGCAAGGGAAAAUAUAGAAGUGGUUGUGGUUGGAGGAUGUGAUGACAUCACAGACUUCAGCGGGAACACGGGGCUUUUAAAAAGCUGAAAGAAACAUCCUGACAGUCAGUUAUCACAUCCCCCGUAAAGGAGUCAAACACACGUUAGCCAUUAGAAAGCCCAACUGUCUUCAUCAAAGAGAAAAAAGACUCCGUCCUGCCACAGAAUAUGCACUGGCAAAAAUCUUCUGCUCCCGAACAACAACCGCAGCCUCGCCCCUACCAAGGUGUCCGCGUCAAAGAGCCAGUGAAGGAGCUAUUGAAAAGGAAACGGGGAAAUGUUCACAACACCAGUACCACAGCAGCUACAACGGUUGUUUUGCCCCAUCAGACGCUCCCUUCCUAUUCACCAAUGGGCCAGCCUUGCGCCGAUAUGGACGGUGCAGCCCCCGCGCUGCCUGUGACAGACGAAGGAGCUCUCUGUUCCGGCUGGCUCUCCCAGCCCUCUCCCACAUCCUUGCAGCCUUUAACCCAGUGGACCCCUUACCCUGACUACGUGUCCCACGAAGCAGUCAGCUGUCCGUACAGCGCCGACAUGUACGUGCAGCCCAUGUGUCCCAGUUACACGCUGGUUGGACCCUCGUCUGUUCUGACUUACACCUCGCAGCCACUGAUCACCAAUUUUGCACCCCGAAGUGCCACCCCGGCCGUGGUGCCGCAGCUGGAGGUGGCGGAGCAGCAGCCACCCCUCACGUACUUCCCGUGGGCACAGCCUCUCUCCGCGCUGCCGGCCUCCACCUUGCAGUACCAGCCGGCUUCUUCCACGCUCCCUGGGCCCCAGUUUGUGCCCUUGCCCAUCUCCAUCCCCGAGCCGGCCCCCCAGGAGCUGGAGGACGCCCGACGGGUCAUCGGCACGCUGCCCAUUGAGAAGCUGCUCCUAGAAGAUGAAGACAAUGAUACAAUUCUACAUAUUUAUGCAGCUAAAGGUAUGAGGGCGUUUGCCUUGGCAGCUGCAGAGCGCAUGAAAGAGCUGCGAAGACUUGAUGCCAAAGAGCACCGAGGAAAGACUCCUCUGCUGGUGGCUGUCACGGCCAGGCAGCCAGCUAUUGUCUAUGAUUUGAUCCAGACAGGAGCAGAUGUCAGUGCUGUAGACAACAAGGGGCAGUCAGCCUUGCAUCUCGCUGCAACGUACGGGUACGCCCAGGUCCUGCAGGUUAUACUGUCACUCGGUUUUCCUCUUGAUUUAGAAAUGAAGAAUUUUGAAGGCCAUACCCCCCUGCACUGUGCUGUCCUGGCCCACAACGCCCUGCUGCGGGAGCAGGGGCACCCAGGGGUGACGAAGGAGCAGCAGGAAGGUCUCCAGCACCAGAGCGAGGAGCUGGAGAGCUGCAUCCAGCUCCUGGUGCAGGCAGGAGCCUCCAUCUACAGCCGGGACGUGAAAAGCAACAAGACAGUUCUGCAUUACACAGUCCAGGAUGCCAACAUCUCCCUGCUUAGGUACUUCCUGGAGCUGAACGCUUUCAAAUCCAGGGAUUUUGUCAACAGCAAGGCUCAUGGCAACACAGCUCUGCACAUGGCAGCUGCCCUGCACUGCCACAGGAACCAGAAGGAGAUCAUCCAGCUGCUCCUCGACCACGGGGCGGACCCGAGCAUCCGAAACUUGGACAACGAUCAGCCGAUCCACAUGGCUCCUCCUGGGAAGGCCGGGGACCAGAUCAGGCAUUUGCUGAAGAAAGGGAAAAUUGCAUCUGCAUUUAUUUCCUGCCGCCGAAAUGCCAGGUCCUAGGUUGCCUGCUCUUUCUGGAAUGGUUUCCACUUCACCUGAUCGCAGAAAGCCUCCUAAAAACCCCUGUGAGGACAGUUAAUCGACGUGUCUGUGCCCCUAAAAUCUUUAACCCCGAGUGGGACGACAGCGUUUCUCAACCUGUGGCCUGGGGACCGUGAGUAGCACGUAAGAUACCCAGAGAUAAAAUUGGGAAUGGUUGAGAAGUUUAGUUUGCAAUAACCCCGUUGCAUAAAUUAACAAACAUUUGGAGCGUGGCCACUCUUUGGCUUGGUGGCAGUGGAAACCCCGUGGUGGUGGCAGAGCACAAGGUGAUCCUUUGGCUGUAAAAGGUUGAGAAAUGCUGCUCCAAGGCACGCUCACCCUGUGCCUCCGUUAGGUCCUGUACGGAGGUACCGGGUGAAAUGCUGAAGCCUUUGUGAUGUGCAAUUACCUCAGUUGCUCCUGCUAGCCUGGGAAUCCUGAACCUGAGGGAGGGAAAGGACUGGAUGGAGGAGGUCAAGCUAGCCCGGGGAGCUUUCCACGGCAUGGCACGGCCGUGUCCCCCCUGAAGAGCAGGCGUCUGACCUCAAGGCCUCCAGGGGAGGGUUCCUGCAAGCUGCUGCUAUCCCGUUUCUCAGCACUUUGGAAGAAAGCUGAAUCAGCUGCCACUGCUCCUCGCCCCACCCCGAGAAAGGAAAGCAGACGCCUGAAGUAUGAGUGCCUGGGGCAGGUUCUGAGCAGCGCAGGUCCGCAUGGCUCCAGAGAGGUUCCUGGGGACGGGAUGCCUCUGAGAGUCUGAUCCGACCCCAGCAUGGCAAAGAAUGAUGUGAGAGCACCUCAGGGCAAGAAGCUCAGCUCUCCCCGGAGAUAAAGCCUGUGCUGGAGACGGAGCCUUCCCUGGGGUCUGCAGCAGCUUCUGGGGGGACAGGGCAGAAAACCUUUAAGGCACGUGGGGCUGCCCAGAGGGUCAGAGGGCAACGUGGCCAGUGCUGUCCUGUUCCCACUCCUGCCUAAGGGGGCCUGUUAGUGAACUCUUAUUCUUUCUGUGAAAUGAUUUGUAAAUUGCUGUGCAAUCAGCUGGCAGCGGUGUCUCUGCCGGGUCAGCAGGAGUGGAGGUAAAUGCCUCCAGGGAGGGAAAGCUGUGUUUUGGUAACCCUUGCACGGAGGGUGCCUCAUCUCCAGUGCACGUUCCGAAUUUUGCUGCUUUCUUAGUCUUGCACAAGUUAUUUUUCUUCUAUCAGGGCUGAACAAUGAGGCGAAGGGCAAAUCUCUCAAAUCACUGCAGCGAUUUCCUUGAUCUGGCUAACUCAAAGAGACGAGGGUUGUAAGGUCUUGUGGGUCGAGCAAACCCGGUCUGUUCAAACAACUGCUUGAACAAAAGCUCUUAAGAAAGGCAGGUAUCCUGAUUAGAGAUCUUCUGACUUCCCCAGCCCUCCUCCUUGCUGUUUUGCUACUGCUUCUCACUACAUCACGUCGACGAACCUGCCAACAUCCUCUGACAAAAGAGCAGACAUAUUUGCAUGUGUUUGCAUAAAUUUGCAUGCAUCUGGGCACAGGCCAUCCAAAGCAUGUGCUUUCUUACAUUGAAGGGAUGCUGUAACAAGCCCCAAAUCGAGUGAGAGCUGUGUUGGUGAUUGUCCAGACAAAUGGCCAAUAAAUUAUCUCUUUCUUGAUCUCGCUAGCAAUGAAACUGUAAAACCGUGACGGGCACUUGGCAAGUGAGGCACCCAGGAAGAUGUAAAAAGCUUGUUGCCAUCUAGAAUUGCCUGGGAGGUGACCUGUUGUAGCAAGAAAAUAAAUACACGAGCUGUUUUCUA